AAGCGUGAGGCGGGUCGUCGGGGAGGCCAGAAGGGCCGUUGCGGCCGGAUUGGGGCGAGGAUGGAGUGUAAGCGCCGCCCCGGCUUGGGCUCCGGGGUCCCCGCAAAGCGGCCUCGCGGGGCUGGAGCGGAGAGGGGAGACCCCAUGGAUGAGGAAGCAGCAGGGUCCCCGGGGCCCGACCCGGAUGAAGACCUGGAGGAGCUUGAGGCUGAGCGGUGGCUGCAGGAGCAGGAGGAUGAGGAGGCCAUGCUGAUGCCCCCGGAAGGGGCUAAAGAGGGACAGCUGUCUGCUUCUGACCGGAACCCCCAGUGGCCCCGCCCUCCCCCCCCCACCUUGGAUCCCCAGACGGAGCCCCUCAUCUUCCAGCAGCUGGAGCUCGAUCACUAUGUGGGCCCUCCGGUCCCCGGAUUCCCGGGUGCUUCGCGGGGUUCGGUCCCCGUGAUCCGGAUGUUCGGAGUCACAGAUGAUGGGAACUCCGUCUGUUGCCACGUCCACGGCUUUGCCCCUUAUUUCUACGUGCCAGCUCCUCCUGGGUUCAGCACGGACCACCUCGCGGAGCUGCAGCGGGAACUGGACGGGGCCGUACAGAGGGACCAACGGGGGAACAAGGAGCUGGGGGGACCAGCGGUGCUGGGCGUGGAGACCUGUACCCGGCAGAGCAUGUUCGGCUACAGCGGUCAGUGCCCUGGGACGUUCCUCCGCAUCACCCUGGCCCUGCCCCGCCUCGUGGCCCCCGCUCGCCGCAUCCUGGAGGGGGGUGGCGUCCGCCUGAGAGGGCUGGGGACACCCGGUUUCUCCCCUUACGAGGCCAACGUGGACUUUGAAAUCAGGUUCAUGGUCGAUGCCGACAUCGUCGGCUGUAACUGGAUCGAACUGCCUCCUGGGAAAUACCAGCUGAGAUCCCCGUCCGGCGGGGGACUGGGGAAGGUGACGUGGUCCCAGCUGGAAGCGGAUGUGGCCUGGUCAGACGUGGUCAGUCACGCGGCUGAGGGCCAGUGGCAGAGGAUCGCCCCACUGAGGGUGCUCAGUUUUGACAUUGAGUGUGCGGGGAGGAAAGGGAUCUUCCCGGAGCCGGAGCGGGACCCCGUGAUCCAGAUCGGCUCUGUGGUUCUGCGCUGGGGGGAGACGGAGCCGUUCCUGCGCCUGGCGCUCACCCUGAAGACCUGCGCCCCGAUCCUAGGGGCCCAGGUGCUCAGCUUCGACCGGGAGGAGCAACUCCUGGAGACCUGGGCAACCUUCGUCCGCACUUUGGAUCCUGAUGUCAUCACCGGGUACAACAUCCAGAACUUCGAUCUCCCGUACCUGCUGACUCGGGCACAGACUCUCAAGGUUUCUUCGUUUCCGUUCCUGGGCCGGGUCUCGGGCCUCCGCUCCCAGAUCCGCGACUCGUCCUUCCAGUCCAAGCAGACGGGCCGGAGGGACAACAAGGUGGUCAACAUCGCCGGCCGCAUCCAGAUGGACCUGCUGCAGGUGCUGCUGAGAGAACACAAGCUUCGCUCCUACACUCUCAAUGCCGUGAGUUUCCAUUUCUUGGGGGAGCAGAAGGAGGAUGUCCAGCACAGCAUCAUCACUGAUCUGCAGAACGGCACGGACCAGUCUCGCCGGCGCCUGGCCGUGUAUUGCCUCAAGGACGCGCUGCUGCCCCUGCGCCUGCUGGAGCGACUCAUGGUGCUGGUCAACGCCGUGGAGAUGGCCCGGGUCACUGGCGUCCCCCUGGGGUACCUGCUCUCUCGGGGUCAGCAGGUCAAGGUCGUGUCCCAGCUGCUCAGACAGGCAAUGCAUCAGGGCCUGGUGAUGCCUGUGGUGAAGACCGAGGCCGGCGAGGAUUACACCGGGGCGACCGUCAUCGAACCCCACAAGGGUUACUACGAUGUGCCGAUCGCCACGUUGGACUUUUCGUCGCUGUAUCCGUCCAUCAUGAUGGCUCACAACCUGUGCUACACCACGCUGCUGCGGCCGGGGGCACGGGAGAGAUUGGGGCUAACCGGAGACCAGUUCAUCAGGACCCCGACGGGCGACGAGUUUGUGAAGAGCUCUGUGCGGAAAGGCCUGCUCCCCCAGAUCCUGGAAAACCUACUCAGUGCCCGCAAGAGGGCGAAGGCCGAGCUGGCCCGGGAAACGGACCCCCUGCGCCGGCAGGUCCUGGACGGGCGACAGCUGGCACUCAAAAUCAGUGCCAAUUCGGUGUACGGCUUCACGGGCGCCCAGGUGGGGAAGCUGCCCUGCCUGGAGAUCUCUCAGAGCGUAACGGGGUUUGGCCGCCAGAUGAUCGAGAAGACAAAGCAGCUGGUGGAGUCCAAGUACACCCUUGAGAACGGCUAUAGCGCCCACGCCAAGGUGGUGUACGGGGACACGGACUCGGUCAUGGUCCGCUUCGGGGUGACGUCGGUGGCCGAAGCCAUGACCUUGGGGCGAGAGGCAGCGGACUGGGUCUCCGGUCACUUCCCCCACCCAAUCCGGCUGGAGUUUGAGAAGGUGUAUUUCCCGUACCUGUUGAUCAGUAAGAAGCGCUACGCCGGCCUCCUCUUCUCUUCUCGCCCCGAAACGCACGACAAGAUGGACUGCAAGGGGCUGGAGGCCGUCCGCAGGGACAACUGCCCGCUGGUGGCCAACCUGGUCACCUCUUCGCUCCGCCGGCUGCUCAUCGACCGGGACCCGGGCGGGGCGGUGUCGCACGCCCAGGACGUGAUCUCGGAUCUCCUGUGUAACCGCAUCGACAUCUCCCAGCUGGUCAUCACCAAGGAGCUGACCCGGGCCGCCGCCGACUACGCCGGCAAGCAGGCUCACGUCGAGCUGGCCGAGAGGAUGAGGCGCCGGGACCCUGGCAGUGCCCCCAGCCUGGGCGACCGGGUGCCCUACGUCAUCAUCAGUGCGGCCAAGGGCGUGGCUGCGUACAUGAAGUCAGAGGAUCCCCUGUACGUGCUGGAGCACAGCCUGCCCAUCGACACGCAGUAUUACUUGGAACAGCAGCUCGCCAAGCCUCUGCUGCGCAUCUUCGAACCCAUCCUGGGCGAGGGCCGGGCCGAGGCUGUGCUACUGCGCGGAGAGCACACCCGCUGCAAAACCAUGCUGACGGCCAAGGUCGGGGGGCUCAUGGCCUUUGCCACGAAGCGGAGCUGCUGCAUCGGCUGCCGGGCCGUGCUGAGCCACCACGGAGCUGUGUGCAAAUUCUGUCGCCCGAGGGAGUCUGAGCUGUACCAGAAGGAGGUCGCCCACCUCGGGGCCCUGGAGGAGCGCUUCUCCCGUCUCUGGACGCAGUGCCAGCGCUGCCAGGGGAGCCUGCAUGAAGAUGUGCUCUGCACUAGCCGCGAUUGCCCCAUCUUCUACAUGCGCAAGAAAGUUCAGAAAGACCUGGAUGACCAGGAGCAGUUGUUACGUCGCUUCGGACCCCCCGGCCCCACGGCCUGGUGA